AUGGCCGAACGUAAAUCAGCUUACGGUGCCCCUGCCUCCGAUACAGACUUCCGCAGGACGUGGGACAGAGCAGAAUAUGCCGCUAAAGCCAAAAAGGAGGACGAGGCACGCAGAGAAGAGGCCAAAGCUCGGUAUGAAGCAAAGCUAGAAGGAAGGAAAUGGCACAAACCAGUCGAUUUGUCGUCGCUCGAUGCGACUUCCGCGAGAGGCUCGAGGCUGGACGUGGCGAGCAUGGUUGGCAAGUCCACCCUCGUCCCAGCCGGGUCGUCUGUAGGAAAACGAGGGAAAGGUGCUGGCUUCUACUGUGAGGCUUGUGAUCUGACCUACAAGGACAACGUGCAAUAUAUUGAGCAUCUCAACUCCAAGCAACAUCUCAUUAAUACAGGUCAAUCUGGAGAGGUCAAACGAGCUACGCUACAAGAUGUGAAAGAGAGACUAGAAAUGCUCAAAGCUCGAAAACGACAGCAGGAGGAAGAGGAUAGAAGACUCGGAGAAGUUGACAUCCAAACUCGAAUCAAAAAGGCCGAAGAAGCCGAAGCCGCGGAAAGAGAGGAAAAGAGGCGUAAACGAAACGAGAAACGCAGGAAAGGUGGAGAAAAUGGUAUCAAGAAGGAGGAUGAGUGGGAAGGUCGGUUGGGGAUCAUCAGUUGA